CAGUGAAGCGCGAGGUGUAACAGACGAGGUAAAGGUUCAUAUUCCUCGGGAGGAAGAGGAAGCACAUAAUGGUGUUUCCAUUGAUGAUUGACCACGAGGUUAAAUAUUAAAGUUAAUUAUGAAACAAUUGUGAAUUGAAUUGUGUCAGUGAAUCAGCGAGUGGGGGAUUUGUCUUUCAGCGAGGUAAUCCCGUGGAAUUGACGAAAAAAUUGCCAUAACCGUCGCCGGUGGGGUGUGAGGAAGGAGUUAUAAAAAUACGAAAGGAAGAAGAAGGAAAUUCUCAGAGUUAAAUAUUUCCAGUGGCCACUUACGUACAUUGUGCGAGGCAUUGUGUACUACGAGUUGUUGGGGGACAAGGAUAGGCUUUGGGAGUAUAACAAGAAAUAUUGAAAAAACCAAUCAACGAAUAUCCGACGUUUUAUCAUCAGUGGCACAGUUGUAGUGAUUCGAGGCUUUGUGGAAAUGAUGAUGAGUUCACAUUAUGUAAUAAUUUAUGGUUGAUAGGGGGAGGAAUGCUAUGGUGGAUAAUCACUGUCCACGUGAGGGCUACUCGAUAUUCUACAGCGGGUGGCAUUUACCAAAAAUGACCGACUCAUCCCCCUCCUCCUCAGCUUUUAUCAAUCUGGCGAAUAACAUUGUUACACUUGUUAAAUGUAUCCUGAGAACGGGAUUUGUUUUAAUAAACAAUGUGUACUGUAUUCCGACGUAUGUCGUGUGGAUGAUGCUGCUGUUACCGGUGAAGGUUUAUCAUCCACAGAUGUAUUGGAGGAUAGAGGGACUGUUUUUUCACUGGCUGUUGGCCAUGGUUUCCAUGUGGACUUGGUCCGCUGGUUAUGACAUCAUUGAACAGGGCGAUGAUAUUCAUCGUAUCGUUAGCGACAGAACUUUGGUCAUAGCGAAUCACCAGAGCACUGGAGACGUGCCGAUACUCAUGACAACAUUCAAUGCUAAACCCAAUGUUCUGCCCAAUCUCAUGUGGAUAAUGGACAGUAUAUUCAAAUUCACGAAUUUUGGUGUUGUAUCGAUGCUACACCAGGACUUCUUCAUCUCCUCAGGUCGAAAAAGGAGAGAGGAGAGUCUCAGACAAUUGGAGAGACAUCUGGAGGAGGCGUAUGUGCCACGCGAACGCAAGUGGAUGGUACUUUUUCCUGAAGGGGGAUUUUUAUGCAAAAGACGCGAGACAUCGCAGAAAUACGCCAAAAAGAAUAAUCUACCGAUUCUUGAGAAUGUAACCCUGCCUAGGGUAGGUGCUAUGCGUAUGGUAUUCGAAAAACUUGGCCCAGCACAAAACAACAACUCCUCCGAUCUUCAGUUAACCACCAGAUCAAGUUCGACCAUAGCUAGACCCGAAAUCAGCUGGGUUCUUGACAUAACGAUAGCCUAUCCUCAGGGUAAACCGAUCGAUUUGCCGACGAUCGUUACAGGGUCAAGGUCACCCUGUGAAACCGUCCUUUUUUACCGAUUGUAUCCCAGCUCGGUGGUGCCUAGAGACCCAGAGCUAUUAUCCAAAUGGUUGUACGACAGAUGGGUAGAGAAGGAGACACUCUUAGAUAAUUUUUACAAAUAUGGAUCGUUCCUGGGUCCCUCGAAGUCGACCAACGAGGGAACUAAAAUACAACAGGAUCCACUGAGAUAUCUAGUUCUUCAUCUUUUCUUCAUAACGUCUAGCUAUAUACAUUACAAUAUCUUUUCGUAUGUAUUGUCGUGCAUUUGGUGAGGUGUCAUGAGUUUAUUUUGAAAUUUAACAUAUUGAGAUUGGGAUGGAGAGGGUUUUUCUUUUCUUUUUGGUUAAUUCAGCUUUCAUUGUGAUAGCGAAAUUGAGACGUGUUGAAUCGCUGGCAAAAAUUAAUCAUGACACGUACGAAAAAAUUAGUGCAUUCGCUGGUAAAUUCUCUAGAAUUCGAUUUUUCAAUGUAAGUUGUUGCAUUGACAUAUUUUCUGUAGAAAUUCUCCUGCGUAAAUUUGAAAAAUUUGGGCCGAGGAUUUUCCGUAGAACUAUAUAGCAAUAGGAUAAGUUAUACAGAAAGAUUAAAUUUGAAUGAUUUUUUCUAUUGAAAUCGGGUAACAACUAGCUGAAUUUUUAAUGGAACUUUCCAGCGAAUUCACUAUUUUUUUUUCAUGCAAUUUUUUCGUGCGUGAAACAUUGCACUUGAAUCAUAAAGUGCAAAAUAUCACUUUCAAAGUCCAAUGUUCUUGUUAUGAGUUUUUUUUGUUGUUGUUUACACUAAAUUACGAUGUAGGUUGAAUUGAUAAUUCAAAUUUGGGUUUUUAAAACUGUUGAAUUCAGGGAACAGAAUGAUAAAAAUCGCGUGAACUCUGGCCUAUGUCUUGGAAUAAAAUUAUCGAGAAAUAAAUAAAAAUUGGUCCAAUGAUAUGAAUAACAUUAUCUAAUUAAUUGCCUUCUGAACCGUACUAAUCAUAAUAGCUAUUGUGAAAUGUUUUAGUCAGAAUGACUGAUCAAUCGAAUUGAAACGAAAAUGGAAGACAUUAUCACUGAUUUGCAUAAAGAAACCCAGUGCCUCAAAACUUCGUCUGAUUUACAAUUAAUUGGAGUUGAGACAUUUAGUAUUUUCAGUUAGAGAGUUCGAGGAGAAGCAUUAGUUUGUGAUACACGGAUAAUAGAUACGAGGAGGUGGAGGUCAUUUUUUUGAAAAGACGAGAGGAAAGGGGAAAAUAAAUAAUAAUCAUAACGAUAAGGCAACACGGAGAUAUAAGAUAUUUUUUAAACUCAACGUUUGACGAUGACUGUAGUUUUUUCUAUGAAAUCUUCACCAUCCAAAUGUCCCCCACUGUGAAAACUCGAAGAGUGAAUUUUAUAUUAUGUAUUGUACACUGUGUAUGUACGUAUGUAAGUAUGUAUAAAUUAAUUUUAAUCGUAAACACGUGGCUGAGUGAUAAAUGUCAUUGAAUCAAAGUCUCUGUCUCUCAACAUUCAAUAAUAAUUUAUAUUAAAUAAUGAUACAAGUUGCGUAAGUGGCUAUUGUUUGUAUUUCGAUUGAAAUUUUGUGCACAAUGAUUAUGAAGUGGAUUACACGUGUGACAAAAUUUCAUUCAAAAACCUAGCGCAUUCUCUGAGAAAUUCUAUUGGAUUUCUAUUGAAAAAUUCUUUGUUUUUUGCCCAAUCACAUUAAAAAUUAUGCAACGUCGACGAUUUUUUUAAACUCAUUCGGUUGGAAAUGUUUCUACAAGAAUUCUUGGGAAUGAUUUUCCAAAUUUUUUUCUUGGAUCUUAUUAUUAAAAAAACAGCGAAAAAUAAAUUAGAAAAUUUAUGAGCAAGAAUUUCCGGAGAAAAAUCAAAUCAAUCUGUCGACUUUUUUCUAUCAAUUAUCUCUCAACAGAAUGACACGUUGCAUAAUCUCCUACAGAAAUGGCGCAAAAAUGAAUACAAUUCUCUUGAAAAGAAUUUCCCAGAGAUAGCGCUAGAUUUUCUAUUAAAUUUUUUUAUGCGUGUACAGUGUGAAGACAAUAGACUGUCGCGUUAUUUAGGUAGUAAGGAAUAAUUUAUUUGAAAUGAAUUGCUGAAGUGUUGACUAUGAGUAAUGCAUGCAGAGAGAAGAUUGAAAAAUGCGAAUUUGUAUAAUAAAUCAAAUGGAAAUAAGUGAGUGUGGAAUGAACAUUUUCUUCGUGAACAAAAAAAAAUCAAAUACUAAAAAUAGGUAAUAAGUUAUUCGAUUCCCUUCCUCUUCAUCGAUUAUUCACUCCAGCCUAGUCCCCCACUUUUCGAAUUAAUUAUGUAAAACAGAAUUAUCAUUUAUUUAUUCGAUCGGUAUUUUCCCUCGUCCAUGACUAUUAAACACAAGAAAAUUUUUAUAAUAAAAUCAAUAAAAUGUCGAUCAACAUCUCCAAUAGCAUUUCUCUGUCCCCAGUGCAUUUACAUCUCGUCAAUCACAAAUACAUUUUCUUGUUCAAUAGGAUUGUAAAUGGUGUAUUAUUGAGCAUGUGAACGUAGCCGUCCAAUAUAUUUAUUGAUUUGGACACGGCAUAUAAGUGAAGUAUGUACAUGUUAUGCUCUUCAGUGACUCGCACGAAUCAAAUGAAUCGUAUUAAUAAAUUCUCAGGCAAGGUUUGAAUUCAAUCUGUUUAUUUUUUUUAACGUGAUUGUAUGCACCUGGUACUGUAUACUGUGAUUGUCACAUUUUCCGAAUGUUCAUCAAAUAACAAUUGUAACACUCAAUUUGUGUACAGAAUUUAUGCACCGAAUUUUCGAUACAUGGGUGAAGUCACACGCUGCCUCAUUCUGCUGAUAUUGAUAAUUUUAAGUGAAAAAUGUAUUGAGCCAGCAAAAUAUAAUACAGAAAAUACCAUCUGAUGGGAAAA